UUGGAUCACUUUUGGUAUCAAAACCAUUUCCUGUUAACGAUGUGUUUACAAACAACUUUAGGCCCCAGCAACAAAAGAACAACAGGAGAACAUAGGAGAACUAGAAAGCAAUCAGGAAUGCACAACAAAAUCCCUUCUGAUAAAAAUUAUUUAUAAUAAAACUAACAUAAAUACCUAGCCCAAACGUUACAGGGUUCUGAUAGGAAAAGAUAAUCUGGAAAGGUGUUGACAUAAUCCGAAAAGGUGUUGACCAACGACUAUGCUGAAAAUUCUCCAGCAAGCAACGGUGAUUGCUAAUUCCACCAAUUUCAGAGUUCAAAGUUACUACGGGGAUGGUAAAAAUCCAAGAGAUCACGGGGACUGGGAGACAGAGAUGGGGGAAUCUGAGGUAAGGUUUGCUCGCCAUUCUCCUUGCAGGUUAAUCACAAUGAUUUUCCAGCUUGGAAAAUGUUGUAGGGAGCUAUUUUCCGCAACGACAGCCUCGACACCUACUGUCGGACGGCGCGCGGCCGUACCUGGUCAACAUCCAGUUCCAGAAGAAGGUGCAACUGCAGGUGAGCACUAUGAGUCUCCGAGCUGCUGCUGCUGCUUCCGCUCAGUUUUGUUUGGAUUUCUGUUUCUGAAUUGAGCAAGGAAGCAGGGAAGGAGGUGUUCAGAGACACGGAUCUUUCUUCACACAGCGAGGACGACGACGAGUUGAAGCAUCUCAAAAGGACAGUUAGGAGCUGGGUCUGAAACCCAUCUAUUUCAGGUUUCUGAUGCUUGUGG